GGGGAUAUUGCUGAAAGAAGUCCCCAACCUGUGGCCAUACGAGAAUCUCGUGAUCGAGGACCUCACAGCACUCAUCUUUUGGUUGAAGCUCCACCUACAUAUCAGUCAUGCACAGUGAUAAGACAGUUAACAGGAUUUCAAGUUUAUAAUCCAAGUGUAAGAGCUGUUGUUGAGGAGAAUACGCAACCAGUUGCUAUGUCUUCCAGAUCAUCAGAGGUACUAGAACAUAUGAAUGCAAGUGAAUCUCCUCUCAAUCUUAGUGGACAAAGAAAUUCACCAGAACAGUCGGAGGAAGUAAAUAGAGAACAUUUACUUGAAAAAGUAUCUGUUCGCCGAAGGCGUCAUCGUGGACCAAAGUCUUGGGAAUUUCUUGUUAGACUCAUCAAAGAUCCCUCAACAAAUCCUACACUUAUCCGUUGGGAGGAUGAGGAAUCAGGAACAUUUCGCUUAGUUCGUCCAGCCAUUAUAGCACAACAGUGGGGCAGAAGGGCUUCAAAACAUGCUAAUGAAUGCCUUAGUUAUGAGAAUUUUGCAAGAGGAUUAAGGUACCAUUAUGCCACAGGAGCUCUUCAUCCAGUAUCGGAAAGAAAUCUGGUGUACAAAUUUGGGAAAAAAGCACUAGCACUACUGAGAAAAUAUAGUUCAGUCUCUGAACCAGUUCCAGCUCCACUAACUUCCAUUGAAAGUGGUUCCUGAACUCUAAAAAAGUUGUCUGAUUCACUUGUAACCUCAUGUGGAAGGAGGUACCAGUGGAAUACUGACCGGGGGUUCAAAGAUGUAGAAAGUCCUAAAAUGUUCGUGCCUGCAUGAUUGCUGCAUAUGGACAUUAGUUUUAAGCUUGUUGACUAAUAUUAAGGUACGUUGUAUACUUCAUAGUGCCUUUAGUUUUUGUAUGAAAGUUUUCAAGGUACACAGCAUCUAGUAGGUCAGUAGGACUUUCCUUUCUGUAGAAUUGAUUUCUACGCUGUACAGUGCAUGUAUUAUUGGCAAAAUUGAGGAAGUAGUCACAUUAACCACUCUAGUUUUAAUGUAGGCGAAGAGUAAAAUUCAGAAUAUUUUAGGAGCCAAUGAGCAAACUGGUGAAAUUAAAGCCUUAGUAUUAUGACCUUAACACUGAGUUGAGAGGCAAAUUUUGUGAUAAUUUUUUACCCAACAUUAUAUACUUUAGAUUAAAUGUAUGUAUAAUAUUUUGUGUGUGGUCUAGUUUCACUUAUAAAUCAGUCAAUCAGUCUGUCAACCAAAGCAGAUAUUUUUUAUUGUGUAUGUUGUAUUGCUAGAAAUUAUCAAGGGAUAUGGCAUUAGCAUUAUAAAUAGUAUUGAAGAAUAAUAAGAUAAAUGCUAGUCACAUGAUUAAGGUUGGAUGUUAAUGAUAGGCAUGUAUAGAGAAUUAUUUUAGUAAUUUUUUACAGAAAUAAGUAUCUGGAAAGUUACCAUUUUCCCUUGUUAAUACAGUGUACUGUACAUUGAAAGCCAUACAUAUCAUCAUCAUACUAACAUUCAAAAGUUAGUAAAACUUAGCGACUGACCAGUCUCCAACUGAAUAUACUGCAGCUCAUUCCUGUAACAAAGAAGCUGUUUUAUUAAAGAAAUGGCGAGUUUGAUCAAAUUUCAAACUUUUAGUAUCUGUAAAAUUAGUUUCUCCAUUUUCUAAUAGUUUAUUUCUUAGCAUUUUGCAUUAGUUCUCACUGGUGAAGAAAUCUUUCUUCAAAUAUUUUGCAAAAUUCUUAUGAUAAGAAUAUUUAUCUUGUCAGAGGAAUUUUGAACAUUAGGAGAUUGAUAUUUACAAAUCCCAAGUAUGUCAAUGAUUUGAAUGAAUCUAAAUAUUUGUGUAAGUACAUUAGUACUGUGUUAUAGAUUUUUGACAAUGCUCAACUGUAGACUACAGUAGAAAGCUCAGAAUUACAGCAAGUUAGGGAAACUGAACUUCUCAUUGUACUGAUUAAUACUCAGCAAUCGCCUUGCUGUACUAUACAUCCAAUUUGUUUUUCAUACUAAAUUUGCACUCUCCCACAGUGGAAUGUUCCAGGUUAGCCUAGACUAUACAUGGUUUAUGGUAACCUAUGAUGAAUAUUCAAGAAUCAAGAUUAAAACAUUUAUCUUUUUCACUUACUGAUUUUGACAUUUUCAUAAUGAGUACAUUAAAUAUAUGGAAUGCUUUUUUUGCAGUUAGGCUAUCUUGAAUAGAAUUAAGGAUAAAUAUUAGAUGUGGGAAGAAGCUUACCAGCAUAUUAAUGAUUCUUUGUGAUUGUAGUCUAAAAGAAAGUACAGUAUAGUAAGUUAGAGCAGUUAAAGAUUUUUUUCCUUUUCAUUUUGGGCAAAACUUGAACUAGGCAUAAGCAGCCUAUCUUAUUCACAGUAUAGUGUCUUUCUUCUUUUUAUUACAGGUUGGGCAUUUAUUUAUAUGUAGUCAUUAUUUAUUUUUAAUUGAAAAUAAUUUUUCUAAUAAAGUACUUUCCCUUCAUAGUCAAUUUGUCUAUUGCAACAAAUUAACGAAGAACUGAAUCAACAAAUUCUCCUAAAUAUCACCAUCGUAUUCAUUGUCAUUCACAUGUAAUGCUUUGCAUAAAUGAAUGGCAAAAAACAGUGCAUUUAUAAUUUAGCAGCCUAUUUAUUAUAUGCAGGUUGCACAUGGCUAACAUAACUAGCACAGUAAUGCCACUCAUUGGGGCUUAGAGUUGCCUAGAACUUUGUUAUUAGCAUUAUUAUUAUUUUUACUGGAGCCUUGUCAAAUAUUCUGUGAAGUUCAUUUAUGUGAUAAGUAUGGAUAAUGUUUAUGUAUAUUAGGUGACUACAAACAGUUCUUAUAGUGUCCUCUAUAGGUUUGAUAACUGAUGUGUCCUGAUAGCUGAAUCUUGGAUAUGAGGUUCUGCACUGUUGUUAUACUGAGAAGUUUUCUAGUAUUUAUUACCGAAUCAGCCGUUUCAGGCUCUUUAGGUUAUGUUAGUCUUUUUUUAACUGACAUAUCUGAGGAGAAUGGAUAAAAGUAAAAAUAAAUCUAAUUUUUUGCUUGGGGAAUAAAAAUGCCUAAUAUGUCUUGUCAUUAGUGGUAGAAGUUUGUUAUCAAUGGAUCCUUUAAGUGAAAGUUCUGAAAUCUUGAAAAGAAAUAUCUUCAAUAGUUUGAGAAGGUUACUAAUUGUGCCCAAUACUUUUGGAGAUUUGGACAUUGCUUGAAUUCUACCUGAGAUGCUGUGACUUGAACAGGAUUAGAAUUCAAAAUAACUUUUAGUUGAAGUAAUUUCAAUUUGUUUAAUGUUACUGUUAUCAUGUUGCAUUGUUAUGGGAAUAUAGAUUAAUAUUCUUAAGUAUUGUUAUAGUUAAUUCCAUGUAUUAUAUUGUAUUUCAUAUUCAGUUACUCGUGCCUCUUGUGGCUUGUUAUGGUACUUGAAUUUUGCUUUCUUAAUAUUGUCAUCUUUUCCUUGAAUACAUAUAUUUUAGGUUUGUUCCCCUUUCUCCAGUUUUAGAGAUGAGUUCUGUAUGUUUACAUUUGAAUUUGUUUCACUUACAAAUAAAGUCUGUCUGUCUAACCAUGUAGCUUGAAGGAUAGCAUGUCUAGCUCGCAACUGGGUUACCUAUGUUUGAAUCUCAGUCUAGAAGAGGAGGGACAAAUGGGUGAGUUUCAUAAAAUUUAUUGUGUCAAUGGUGAUCUUAGUAAUGAAUUAGGAACAUAGUUGUUAGAUGACUGUUGUGGAUCAGUGCUUGGGUGGUGGAGAGAGAGAUAGAGAGGAGAAAAGAUAAAACUAAGUGAUUGUUAAUUGUUUUGUCAAAAAUGUGUACUAUCACAAAGAAAUGGCUCUGACAGUCUCUCUCUCUCUCUCUCUCUCUCUCUCUC